CCUGGCCCGAGGUCGUUGCUCGCUGGUUGCUCGCUCUGUUCAGCUCGUGGACGCCCCAAGUCUCCCUGUUGCGCCGUUGCUCCCUCGCAUACUCUAGUACUGACUGCAGGGACUUCCGCCGUCUCCUGAGGGUCUCCGACUCGAACAGCUCCCUCCUGGGUUGUAUGCUACCCACCCGCCGAACCGGACACGUCCUCCGAGGUCCCACCUAGAGUGACAGAAGCUCGCUCUCGCAAACUCUGCCAGAGUCUUUGGACUGCUAUGGCUGCACAGGCCGCCGCACUGUCGGCGCCCGCAUGGAGGCAGUUCACUUUCUUCGAUGUCAUGCCCGUGAAAGACGUCCACGACCUCGCUAGCACGCCUGAGAUAUUCAAGAAAACGCCUGAAAUCUCGACCGCCAUUGCGUCCUCGCUCGGGCCGUUGGUUGCAGAUAUCCAUGGAAGCAUCUACAGCCUCAAUCGCGACUUCGAAAUCACGAAUAGUUGGAUAGUGCAUACAAACGGACGCGUGACACACAUGGUCGAGCGCAAGGGCAUCCUCAUUACCCUCGGAGAGGAGGAAUCCGCCAGGCAUCCCUUCUUGAAGGUAUGGAACCUCGAAGUCAUAGACAAGAAGACCGGAGCGCCGGUGCUGCUGCGUUCGACGAAGCUUCAGAGUGGUAGUCGGCCUCAUCCCGUCUCGACUAUAGCCGUCACAGCCACCUUGUCCUACCUCGCAGUCGGCCUCGCAGACGGAACAGUGCUGCUCUAUCGCCACCUCGACCAAUCCAUCUUCUCCGGGUCCACCUCCCUCACAGCCCUGCCCAAGCCACGCACAGUACACGAGUCUCCAGCCGAGCCCGUUACAGGUCUCGGCUUCCGUGAAUCCGACGAAGAGACGCCGAAUGUCUACUUGUUUAUCGUCACUCUCAACCGUGUGCUUGCCUACCAGGCAUCGGGCAAGGGUAGCGGCGCUGCUCCGACCGUCGUGAGUGAAGCUGGCUGUGGCUUGGGCUGCGCUACAAUGGACCGCCAUGCGAAGAACAUGGUCGUGGCGAAGGACGAGGCAGUCUACAUUUGCGGCACGGACAACCGUGGGUCGUCAUAUGCGUAUGAAGGUCCCAAGGCUUCUAUCCACACGCACAGGAACUACCUCGUCAUCGUAUCCCCUCCUAUCGUUCCUACCGCCACCUCCGCCUCGGCGACUGUGCGGAACUUCGCCGCGAGGGCGAAUCCCUCAGCCAAUAAGGACAUCACAAAGGUUGCUGUGUUCGACCUCGAGAACAAGUUCGUCGCCUUCAGCGGUACGUUCAACGAAGGCGUGCGAGAAGUGAUUUCUGUAUUCGACAAGGUCUUCGUCCUCUCCAAUGAUGGCGUGCUGUCGUGCCUGGAGGAGAAGCCUACGUCGGUCAAAUUGGAUAUGCUGUAUCGCAAAGGUCUAUACCCCACUGCCCUCAACCUUGCCAAGAGUCAACAGCUUGACGAGGCGAGUGUCGCGGACAUACACCGCCAAUACGGCGAUCAUCUCUAUACCAAGGGCGACUACGAUGGUGCGAUGCAACAGUUCAUCAAGACGAUCGGUCAUGUGCAGGCGAGCUAUGUCAUUCGGAAGUUCCUCGACGCCCAGCGGAUACACAACCUCGUCACGUACCUGCAAGAGCUGCAUGCGCAAGGGCGUGCCAACGCGGACCACACGACGCUUCUGCUAAACACGUACACGAAGCUCAAGGAUGUCUCCAGACUCGACAGCUUCAUCAAGCGCGAGGCGUCGCGCGAGACGGACGAGCUGCCGUUUGAUCUAGACACUGCUAUCCGUGUCUGCCGCCAAGCAGGCUACUUCGAGCACGCAUCCUACCUUGCAAAGAAGUAUGAGCGGCAUGAAGAUUACCUUCGGAUCCAGAUCGAAGAUGCGGGGAAGCACAAGGAUGCCCUGUUGUAUCUCAGGAAGUUGGGGACCGAAGCUGCGGAGGCGAACCUCGCGCGAUACGGCCGUGCUAUGCUCAACAGCUUACCUGAGGAGACGACACAAUUGCUGAUCGACAUUUGCACGAGCCUUGUCCCUCUCACGUUCGACGAAGAUGAUGAGCGCGCGGUGCCGACUCGUCAAGCGAGCAGCAAUGGACCGUCAUAUCUCUCCUAUCUUGCUCUUAACCGGUCGUCAACACCAGCGCAGGCAUCAGACAAUGUCCCACCUUCGUCGGCAUCAACCAUGACCGCCAGACCGGCUGUAAUCACUGGACGUGACUCCGCGCCGGAGACGUCGAGAGCGUCCACUCCCCCGCCUGCGACUACUACGACAUCAUCGGUCCCAAAGACGCGAUCAACUGGAGUCAAGCGGCCCUCGCCGCAACUAUACUUUGCUCACUUUAUCGACCACAGAGACCACUUCGUGCGCUUCCUUGAAUCCGUAGCUCUCAAGCGAUGGGGGCAGGACGUGGAUGUCACGGCCGCGUCCGUCUCGGUUGAAGUGGACCCGAGCGCAGAUGAAGAGUCCGAGAAGCGAGACCAGCAGGCAGUGUGGAAUACUCUGCUUGAGCUGUAUCUGGGCCAGCCCGACGGUAUUGACAAGGCGCUACGUAUCCUACGCAGCCAGGACAUCCCUUACGACCCGACGCAUGCUCUCAUACUUUGUUCGACGUGUUCAUACGCCCCGGGACUGGUGCUUCUGUGGGAACGCGCCGGAAUGCACGAAGAUAUCGUCCGACAUUGGAUAGAUGCACACUACAAAGGCGAUGCGACUGCCUCAGGUGAGGUCAUCCGGGCGCUCGACAAGUAUGGCAGCGAACACCCUGGGUUGUAUCCGCUAGUCCUCCGCUUCCUGACGUCGUCACCGGAACUACUCUCGCGCCAUACGGAAGAUCUGCAAGGUGUGCUGCAGGUCGUGGAGGAGAAUAAUAUCAUACAACCCUUGAGCGUCGUGCAGGUGCUAAGUCGAAACGGCGUGACAAGCGUGGGCCUAGUCAAGGAAUGGUUGAUGUCGCGGAUUCGACAAGCGCAAGAAGAGGUGCGAACGGAUCAGCAGCUCAUUGACUCGUACCGCGCAGAAACUCAAGCCAAGUUGCGCCAAGUUGAAGAAUUAUCUGAUUCUGACCAUCCUCGUGUAUUUCACGUCACACAGUGUGCUGUGUGUCAAGGUCAACUCGACCUUCCAAGCGUGCAUUUCAUGUGCAAUCACAGCUACCAUCAGCGCUGUCUGGGCGAACAUGAGGCCGAAUGUCCCAAUUGCGCCCGCUCACAUGGUAUCAUCAAGGAGAUCAGACGAAACAAUGAGCGGCUGGCGGAUCAGCAUGAUUUAUUCCUGCAGGAAGUUCGGGAGGGAGGGUUCUCUACGCUUGCGGCAGGUUUUGGGCGGGGCUCGCUCAACGCUGCGAGGCUUGAGGAUGUCAGUGCGUAGGUUCCGGAUAUAUCCCUGUACUCUAUGCCUGCAUCCAAGCUCCAUUUCGCAAUUGAUCGCUGGUUGUUUUCUCGCGGGAGAUUAGUGUGCAGACUCAGAACACA